GAAAUCACAAAAGAGUUCCCCUACCGGGUCUGAAGUGGAGACACCCAUAAUGACAAGCCCCAAGGAAGACAUGGCCAUGGAUACCAGUGAUCUGACAAGUUCUGAGCUUGCUUUAGUCUCUGCUCAUGAGAAGGCUGGACUUGUGUCACAACUGGCUUGUCACUUUUGCGGACUGCAGUUUGAUGUAAAAAAGACUCGAACUCUGAGAGCACACAUUGAGGAAGUUCAUGUUUUAGGUGAUGCAGGUUAUAUGUGUGGCAUUUGUUGUGAAGAAUUUACAUCUCGUAAAGCAGUCGAGAAUCAUAUGAGCACGUUUCAUCGAGCCCCAAAACCUUUGGGUUGUGGUACAUGUGGUGAGACCUUCAGAGUGAGAAACUUGCUGCUGAAGCACAUUGACUCUCACACCAAGGGAGAAAUAGACAACAACAAAGUGGGAUUGUGUUAUUGUGGUGAAUGCUUCGAGUUUUUUGAUAGUGUUAUGUCUCUUCAGAUUCACAGCAUGACCCAUCGGGAGCAGCCUAUCUUUGUGUGUGGAGCAUGCGGUCUGCAAACUCAGCACCGUCACGUCAUGAUCAAACAUUUGGAGACGCAUGUUAUUUCGAACUUGCUCACUGCUUCUGAGAAAGAACAUUCCAUUCAUGAGCUGAGACCCACAGAAAUUGAUGCUGCUCUUAUUGAAGUAAGUUCCCCUUCAAAGAUACAGAACGGGGAGCCAGCUCAGAUUGUGAAUGAAGGGGAAGCCGUGAAGGGAGAAGAGGAGACUAGCUAUAAGUGUGGUGUCUGUUACGCUUCUUUUGUGAACCUGAAUGAUGCUCUAGGGCAUGCUGAGACUCACCAAGAGGAUGAGGAAUCUCAGAUGGUGAAAGAACUUGACUUCAAAGGCACUGUUGAACUUAAUGUUUUAAUGCCUGAGAGUGCUGAAAGUUCAGAAGAUGUUCAAACAGAAAACCAAGUAGAAGCUGAAAUUCAUGAACAGGUGUAAAGUGUAAAGUAGGCAUAUUGUGCUGUACUUUCAUUUUUUAAAAAUAAGACACAUGAGAGUAGGCCUACAGAUUAUGUAGGCUUCUGUUUGUGGAGAGAGAAACUUUGGAAAGAGAGCUGAAAUGGGAACCAGGGACUGUGAAUCUUUUAAAAUGAAGUCGUGGUAUUUUUUAGUCAUAUAUAUAUAUAUAUAUAGAGAGAGAGAGAGAGUCCUUUUUCUUUUUAAUAUAUAUGCUUAUUUACUGUUGUUAUGAGUAUGAGUAAUCAAGCUAAUAGUUAAUUGCUUUCAUACGUACUAGUUGGUACAGUCCAUGCCGGCUUUAAGCACGGUCAUCGGGAGAAAGCAUAAGCGUGCUUAAUGCCGAAGUGUGCUUGAGUGCGAAGUAGACAUUGUUCAUAAUCCAGAGAUUUUUAAGUUGAAAUUUGCCUGAGUUAUUACUCUUUGUUCGUAAGGAGUGGUCGCACAAAAGUGUUCACUGUCAUUUUUACCCGCCAUGGUAGUUCUUGAUUGAUUGUUUCGUUUUGUGGUCGAAUCAAAGUAAUGGAGUAUCUUUGGUCGAAUAGAAAAUGAAAACUUAAUUUAGACGGCCAGUCACAGUACAGCACUCUAGUCCUAGGCUUACACACUGCCUGUGCGUACCACUGCCCACUGUGCUACAUUCAUACCACCGCCUUCAUCCCACCUCGCGCAUGAUACAUAAUCAGAAUUAUCGGAUGGCGAGGGGCAAAGGGGAAAUCGCAGCCAGCCUCCCUUUCUCGUAACCACGACUCUGUAUUUUUUCGUCUGUGUGUAGCUUUGCCCUAGGCUAGAUACUAUGUCCGCGCGCGCAGCUGUGUGCAUCUAUAUUGUCUUCCUCUCUGCGUGUGUGUGUCUCCAUCACUUGCGUUUUUCAUGUUUCUCUUAACACACUCCACUGCUGCA